CGGGUUUGUCACAUCCCGCCUGUCAGAGUGUCAGCUAGCUGUCUGGCUAGCCUGCUAGCAUUACUAGCCUCCCGGGAGGUGUGUCCCAAUGCCAUGGCCUCCAGUCACAGCUCCUCCCUAGUGCCUCGUCCCAGCAGUGGAGGCCGAGAUGGGAUCUACCACAAGGAGCGGGAUGCCUCCCCUCAUCGCUGCCGGCCUGUCCGGUCCCUGCCCGACGUCUGCCCCAAGGAGCCCACUGCAGGUGAGGGGCGUGGCCUGUGCGAUGGCCCGUCUGUGGUGUCUGAGCACGACAGGUGGACAGUUUACAGCUCGAAGGUCAACCUCCCCGCAGCGCUGAAUGACCCGAGGCUUGCCAAACGGGAGUCUGACUUUUUCACCAAAACAUGGGGCCUGGACUUUGCAGAGACUGAGGUGAUGCCCUCCUUCUGCCUCCCCAGCAUCACCAGGGAACACUUUGCGCCCUACCUGCAGGAUAUGGCUCAGAGGGAAAGAAUCCAUGAACGUUGCAAGACGAUUUGUCCCAACAAAGACGACGUGGACGCCGUCUCCACUAUCACCACCAACAACGACAAAUCCAGAGCUGAGCUGGAACAAGUCCCAAAGAUCUUCAUGAAGCCGGACUUUGCUCUGGAGGACCCGGCCAUCUUCAGCGCCGUCCUGCCCUGGUCUCACUUCAACAGCGCUGGAGGGAAGAGUAGCAGAGACAUGGCCUCCUCCAAGCUGCUGCAGGAGAAGCUGAGUCACUACCUGGACGUGGUGGAGGUGAGCAUUGCCCGGCAGAUCUCUCUGCGCUCUGAGGCCUUUUUUCACGCCAUGUCCUCGCAACAUGAGCUACAGGACCAGCUGCAGGAAACACAGCAGGCCGUCGCGACCCUGCGGGGCCGGACCGCAGCCAUGGAUCGCGUCAUGUGCCAGGGGCCUCUGCGGGCCCUCCGCACUGCUCUCACCCGCAACAAUUGCGUGAAGCUGCACAACAAGCUGAAACUGAUGGCGGCGGUGCAUCAGACGCAGCCCACCGUGCAGCUGCUGCUCUCCACCUCAGAGUUUGUCGGAGCACUGGAGCUCAUCGCCACCACCAAGGAGGUGCUGCAGCAGGAGCUGCAGGGAAUCCACAGCUUCAGACAUCUGGGCUCCCAGCUGUGUGAGCUGGAGAAGCUGAUCGAUAAGAUGAUGGUGGAGGACUUCAGCAUGUACGCCCGCAGUGACCUGAACCGCAGCCUGAGGGACGAGCCACAGGUCCUGGAGAAGGUCCUCAUACCAAGCGCUGUGUCACAGAAGGAGCGUCUGGAGUCGUUGGUGUUCGGUCUGCUGCGGCAGAGGAAGCUGGACUUUCUGGACAUUUACAGUGAUGAGAUGAUCUUGGCUGCCAAGUCCAUGGUCGCUCAGUGUGUGGCCGAAAGUGUCGUGCACAUAGAAGAAAUUGACACCGAAGUCGUCACUAAGCUAGCUGACCAGAUGCAUCUGAUGACGUUCCCUCAGUGGUUGGAGCUGCUGAAAAACGUCUUUGACAGUUUCCUUCUCUUCUUACAGAGGAUCAAGACCACACUGAAUGUGAUCAGAAAUGUGGCUCUGGAGGUUCUGGACUCGAACCAGAAGAACAGGCUCCAGGAGGAGGCCGGUUUGGGUCCCUCAGGUGAGGAGGCUCCCCACAGCCCGUCAGUCCUGCAGGGUGAGGCCGAGCUGGCCUACCUGACCCACGAGGGUCUGUUCAUCAGCGACGCUCUGAACAAGGCCCAGCAGCAGCCGGUGGUCCCAGAUCAGGGCUCUGUGGUGGGCUCCAGGACCCAGCAGAACCAGGCAGAUGCCUCUGGGACCACAGAGACCUCCGUCAACGGGGAGCAGAGCUUCAUGUCUGGUGAGAACAUGAUGCCCACUGACCUUGAGCUGAACCAUGUGAUCAGCAGCAUCCAGGAGCUGCUGUACACCGCCUCCGACGUCAGCCACGACCGCUGUGUCAAAGUCCUCACAGCCAGAGCCAAGGACGGCUCUCUGGAGCGUUUGACCUCGGCCGAGUUCGUGUGCCUCUCGCAGGCGGUGGAGGGUUUCAUCGGGGACACCGAGGAGCUGUGUGGCCGGCGCAGCGUCUCCCUGAGGGGGGCGCUGCAGACCCAGGCCAACCGCUUUGUCCACCGCUUCCAUGAAGAACGCAAGACCAAACUCAGCCUCCUCCUGGACAAUGAGCGCUGGAAGGAGGUUUCUGCUGAGUUUCAGGAACUGGGCAACUCCAUCGCUGAUGGCAGAAUAACACUACCAGAGCGCAAAACCCCAGCUCCAGAUGACAGAAAGCCUGCUGAGUUUCUGCUUGUCAACGGGCAAAAGUACGCUGUCAUUGGGACAGUUCUGCUGCUGAUCCGGAUCUUUCUGGAAUACUGUCAGUGUGUCAAUGACAUCCCCUCCGUCGCCACCGACAUGCUGACACGUCUGUCCGACCUGCUCAAGCACUUCAACUCUCGGAGCUGCCAGUUGGUUCUGGGAGCUGGCGCCCUGCAGGUCGUCGGCCUCAAGACCAUCACCACCAAAAACCUGGCGUUAGCUUCCCGCUGCCUGCAGCUGGUGGUUCACUACAUUCCCAUCAUCAGAGCUCAUUUUGAGACCAAACUGCAGCCGAAGCAGUUCAGCGUCCUCAGACACUUCGACCACAUCACCAAGGACUACAACGACCACAUAGCGGAGAUCUCUGCUAAGCUGGUGGCCAUCAUGGACAGUCUGUUUGAGAAGGUUUUGUCAAAGUACGAGGUGAAGGCUCCGAUGCCCUCGGCCUGCUUCAGAAACGUCUGUAAGCAGAUGGCGAAGAUGCACGAAGCCAUUUAUGAACUUUUACCUGAAGAACAGACGCAGCUGGGACCGAACUGCAGUCAGCCAGAUGUUAAGUGUUGCUUUGCUGUGCAGAUGUUGUUUCUGAGGAUCAACACCAGCUUUAAAAUGCACCUGAAGAGGCAGCUGGCGCGCCUCGGAGUCGUUAAUGAUGGAGGACCACAACACGGGCUGGUAAUGGUGGACGUUGCCUUCUACACAGAGAACGUCCAGGCACUGAGAAGCCUCGAGGGGCUCAACCUGAACAUGGCAGAGAUCUGGGAGCAGAAGAGGUGAUGGAGGAUGGAGUCUGGGCGUCCAGGACCAACCGAGGGCUGACGGCAGCCGCCUGAGAGUGGAGGAGGCUCGCAGGGACCAAAAACACAAAACUGGGAGAAGAGCAGCAGCUUCCUGCACAGCUCCACCUUAAAGACUCUCAAGUAACACACAAAGCCUCCUUAAAAACUGCUGCCACCUCGUCUCACUGUGUGCAAUUCAAAGGAACACUAGUAAUUUAUUAGAGUUUAGCGGGAGCGCUGGGUGCGGAUAAUGUCAAAGAAAUGGCAGGUAAUUUAUUUUUCUGUCUUCACUCAAUACGGGGAUGGACUUUUCUCGCCAUGUGGAAGGGAUUUUUAUUAUCAACACACUGAAACUCAGCUUUUCUGUCACUGGUUCUGCACAGUUUUGCAAAAACGUCCCAGCUGAGGAUUCGAGCGAUAAAAGGGUUUGUUUUGGAAAGUAGCUUUUCCUCCUUCCUGCUCUGAAAGAACCCACGGUGUUCCUUCACGGUGCUUCACUUUUUCCAAACCUCGAUCAGCAGCUGGGUUUUGUUUUUGUCGCUGUGGUGAAGGAUUCUUCAGCUUUUAUACUCACAACAGGAGAAUUUUCCAGACUUUUGUUCAAGGCCUUGAAAUCCAGACCUGGAGGAACCUGGUGGAGCCGGAGCCGACGGACAUGUCACUGAAGAGCUGAAGUCCUGAAACGUCAGACCCGACAACGUCCAGACAGCGAGAGCGUCACCGCUCUCAGCUACUUCCUGUCGUUACCAAAGUAAAACCCUUUUUAACUGCACCUUUUCCUUCCAAUCAUGACUCAAGUGUUUUCUUCAGCUGUGUGACAUCAGGCCAGUCGUCGUGAUAAUCCAGAGACAGAAGUGAAGUAAUUUUUUAUAAAUGAAGUGAACUGAUGAUGAGAGUUUGACUGUGGAACAUGAAGCAUGACUAUCAGCUGUUGACUCUGACCUUUCUUUAACCUGCAUGAGCUUUGUGUUUCCUCUGAGGCUGGAACAGAAAAUCUGAUUUUUAUGUCUAAACUGGAUUUUCUCCAGGCAGUUUUGUUUUUCCCCAGAGGAACAUCAGCUCCUCCUCUGUGAUCAGAAUUAAAGCUGCACAACAUGAA